AUGGCAAACACAUCAACGUCAAUCAGCUGGAUGUCCGUUGAAAUAGUGACCGAGGGUCGUCAGCAUUUGGUGGUGGAGGUGAACCCAUAUGACUCAGGCAGUUCCAGACGCCGGAUGAUUUUCACGGAACGCCAAAUUUCGGGAGCCCUAGGAUGUCAAAGCUCUGUGGCAAAACAUGGGCAGGGUUUGAAGUGCGAUGUUAAGAACAUGGUUUUAUCCGAUGACAAAGGAUCUCAUCGGCGCACUUCGGGCGAGAUGGAAAUGAACAUUGAAUACGAUGAAAAUUCCGACAAAUCCUCCGCGGAUUUGCGGAUACGCAAGACUCAGUAUUCAACAAUCUCGAGGAAUUUUAUUGAAGUUAUGACUGACUACAACAAGGCCCAAGUUGCCUUCCGAGACGCGUGUAAAAAUCGUAUCAAACGGCAAAUGGAAAUUGCCGAACGGAAGAUAUCCAACGAAGAGCUGGAGGAUAUGCUGGAGUCUGGGAAUCCAGCAAUAUUCACCCAGGAGAUCAUGACCGAUACACAACAAGCCAAGCAAUCCUUAGCCGAUAUUGAAGCUCGACAUCAAGACAUAAUGAAGUUGGAAAAAAGCAUCAAAGAACUACAUGACAUGUUCAUGGACAUGGCUAUGCUAGUCGAAAGCCAGGGUGAAAUGAUCGACCGGAUCGAGUACAACGUAGAGCAAGCCGUCGACUACAUAGAGAGCGCCAAGGCCGAUACCAAAAAAGCCGUCAAAUACCAAAGUUCCGCCCGCAAGAAAAUGAUCAUAAUCGGAAUUUGCGUUGCCAUUCUUGUCUGCAUCAUCGUGGGCACUAUUGUUGGGAUGCUUCCUGGCGUUUAGUGUCCCAUUCUGACAAACGAAUGACCACCCGUGUGUAAUAAUAUCUGUCUCGGAAACACUCAGCAUCUGGGAUCGUCAGCAGACAUCACCUCUGUCGCUGGUAUCAUUCCAAUAGAGCAGAAGUCACCUGCUUUCCAUUGUUCCAGCUAUAUAUGCAUAUAUAUUUCCUCCGUCGUUCCCUCUUCCCAUUGUUCACAACUACAUUCUUCCAUUGCGGAAUCACCCGUGAAAUGGAAGUCACUCCUUGUUCUUGGCAACAUCCCGUCCAAAUUCUCAUUUCUUGCAAGGCUACUAGUGUACAUCAACAUGUCUAACGCCAUAGGUUAUUUCUACUUUGAUCAACGCGUUUUCUCCACGUCUAUUACUCUAUUACUGUAUUGGUCCUUCUUCAGAAGCAACCAAAUGUGCUCCGCAAACCCUCUUUUUUCAUUUAUUCUCUUCUACCAUCUUCAAACGGUUUCAAGCGUUUGGUAAAAAUAUUUAGAUGAGAAAACAUCUUCAGCCCUUGGAGCGAAACGAACUUCUACUCUUUCUUUAACUUACUAUCUACUACGUAUGACCAAGAUUUCUCUCUGUCUCUCACACUAACCGACUAUGCUAGCAUCUGAGCAGUAAUCUGCUUUCGCUUGCCUUUUUCUUCUGGUGUGUAAUACACAAUACUUAACUCCGUCCGCAGCUCCUUCACCUCAUCAGCGUCGUGUUGAGAGGCAAAAAAACCAUAUUAUUCACUCACAACCUGGUGCAUCCCACAAGCCAUUCACCAUACCCUAAACAUCAAAGACCCGAUGAAAUUCAUGGGGAUGGGACCUAUUUCCUAUUUGCCCAAUAAGCACUUGUGCAUAUAUUUAUACAUAUAUACUUACAUCCUUACUCACUGAAUAAUAUCGAUGUUCCUCUCAAAUGAUGAUAGUUUUGCAGUCCUACAUUAUCUACUGAAGGACCUUCAUGAGAAGACGGCUUGGCAAGUUUGCUUUUCCUUAUUCAACCAUUCUUGGUAUCCAACUCAGUUCCGUUAUCUGUUUAUAUCUUCAUUUAGUUUCUUGUCUCGUUACAUUCCUGUAAUUUACCUGGUUAAUUGUUUCUAGGUGUUCUGUGUAUGAGAUGUUCAAUUCCUGAUUGUUUAUCCACUUGUAGCCCGUUAAUGGCAGAUAAUCGACACAGAGUGAACGUGAUUUCGGAUUGAACACACUCUCACCUAGUUCAGAGGACUACACUUGGUCCUCCCACUUCGGUUAUGCACACAAACGUACAGUUUGGUAAUUUGUAAAUGACAUUCGUUACAUUUCCUUCCUGAUCCCAGCUUCCUUGAUUUCCUCCAUCGCUCGAUCUUGGUUGUUCGUUUUGGUUUCUACCUUCUCCAACUUGCGGCAAAUUCUUAAUAAACAUUGUUUUAUAAUUUCAAAAAUUACUGGUUUGAAGGAAAGUUUGACUUUUGUUAUCGUAUUGUACUCUCUAGUGAGUGUGUC